AUGAAUGACAGCACCUAUCGAUUGACUCAUAUAUACAACGCCGUAACCACACCGGCUUCGGGGCCGGAAAUUUCAAGGCCCUGUUCGAGGCCAUCGAAGCGGAACAGGAGCUCAGAGGCAACCUUCCGACGAAACACAUUCAGUGGCGGUAAUACACCAGCGAUUGCUCGCACCGGCAGCUCCUCAGUCGAUGUGCUCGUGCUGUGCCUCGGCUUCUCUCCAGUUGUUUCUCACGGCUUCAAUAGUGGUCUUAAAGAGGUUGGACUUCGCGAACAGGUAGGAGAAGCACACGAUCGCGAAUAUCCACGACAGCAGCAAUAG